UGGCGGGUGGCGGCACGGGUGCUGCCCGCGGGGCAUCGGGCGAGCAGCCCCGGGGGGCAGGUGUGGGACCUGGCGCAGGCGCUGCGGGACGGGGUGCUGCUCUGCCACCUCCUCAACGCUCUCCUGCCCCGCGCCGUGCCCCCCCGCGACAUCUGUCCCCGUCCCCAGAUGUCACAGUUCCUGUGCCUGAGGAACAUCCGCACCUUCCUGACCGCCUGCGCUGACAAGUUCGGGCUCCCGAAGCACCGGCUCUUCGGCGCCUUCGACCUCUUCGAUGUCCAGGACUUCGGCAAGGUGAUCGACACCCUCUCGACGCUCUCCUGGACCCCCAUCGCCCAGAGCAAAGGUUUCACGCCCUUCCCUACUGAGGACUGCAUUGGGGACGAUGACAUCUACAGCGGCCUCUCUGACCUCAUCGACGACACGGCGGAGGAGGACGAUGACCUCUACGACUGCGUCGAGGCCGAAGGAGACGAUGGCGACGACAUCUACGAGGACCUGAUGCGGGUAGAGGCCCCCCCGGCUAUGGUGGAGGUGGACCGAAGGCUCUGCUGCAUCCAGGAGUUGAGACAGACGGAGGAGAGGUACACCGAGACCCUCGAGUCCAUCUGCCAGCACUUCCUGCGGCCGCUGCGGCACUUCCUGCAGCCCCAAGACCUCGAGAGCAUCUUCAUCAACAUCGAGGUGACCCCAGAAACCCCCAGUAACCCCCAGUGCUCCCAGUUCCUGCUCUACGGCCGCUACUGCAGCCAGGUGGAAGCGGCCACCCGGCGCCUCGACCAGCUCGCAACCAACACCGACCUCCGCAUGAAGCUGCAGCCACAGUCCCUGGCACAGUUUGGGCGCCCCAAAAUCGACGGAGAGAUGAAGGUCUCCAGCACCGAGCGGCGCUCCAAGGUGGACAGGUACGGCUUCCUCCUGGACAAGGCCCUGAUCAUCUGCAAGCGCCGUGGGGACUCCUACGAGGCCAAAGACGUUGUAGACCUUCAAAGCCACCAACUGCGGGAUGGUGGCCUCGGCCCCCGCGACGGCAAGAAGUGGACCCACACCUUCCUGCUCAUCGACACGGCCGGGCUGCAGGGCUACGAGCUCUUCUUCAAGACCCGUGAGCUGAAGAAGAAGUGGCUGGAGCAGUUCGAGAUGGCCCUCUCCAACAUCUUCCCCGAGCACGCCCUGGCCGACGGGCAUGACUUCCAGAUGUUCUCCUUUGAGGACACCACAUCCUGCAGGGCCUGCCAGAUGUUGCUGAGAGGCACGUUCUACCAGGGGUACCGCUGCAGCCGGUGCCGGGCCCCCGCGCACAAGGAGUGUCUGGGGCGGCUGGGGACCUGCAGCAGGGGCGGCGCCGGUGAGAAGCAUCAUGGGAUAGUGGAGGAGCGGACCAUCAACAAGUCGCAGCGGCUGGCCCCGGAGAAGAAGCGGGGAGACCUGGGGUUGCCCAAGAUGGAGGCGAGCCAGCCCUACAGCGGCAUCCCACCACCGCCGGGGGCCAUGGGUCCUGCCCUACGCCUCAGCCCCGGGGACGUCGUGGAGGUCACCGUGGCUGAGGCUGAGCAGCUCUGGUGGCAGGGCAGGAACGUGGCCAACGGUGACCUGGGCUGGUUCCCUUGUGCUGCCGUGAGACCCUUCAUCUGCGUGCCACUGCCGGAUCUCUCCGUCUACUCCUGUCACCCCAUAGCUCCCAGGGGUCCCCAAAUACCUCCUGUGGUCCCCCAUCCCUCCUGGUUCACCCGCGAUCCUCCUCCAGAGUCACCCCAUAGCUUCUACGGCCCCCCCAAAUCCUCCCCAGGAGCCGUGCGCAGCUUUGGUUCGGCCAAAGCCCGCUAUGACUUCUGUGCCCGGGACCGGACAGAGCUGACGCUGCGGGAGGGUGACAUCAUCCAUGUCCUCAGCAAGAAGGGCCACCCAGGCUGGUGGAAGGGAGAGAUCUAUGGGCGGGUUGGAUGGUUCCCCGCAAACUAUGUGGAGGAAGAUUACUCAGAGUAUUGCUGA